AUGGUCACGUUCGACGUCCUCGCCUUUCUCUUGGCAAGUCUCCGAGCAUGGAGGACGAUACGACACGACGCCAAGUUCUGGUCGAAUCCGAGAGCAUCCAUCAACUACGCAAUCUUCUCACAAGGACUGAUCUACAUACUACCUGUCUUCCUGUUAUCUGUGACGACUUUAUCACUGAAUUGGAAACUCCCCGUCCUCUUCGUUAGAACAUUCAACGCAUUGAAGCUACCCCUCGCUGGACUGUUAACCGCGCGCUUCCUAAUAAAGCUACGGAUAUGGGAGGACCAUCGACGCCAACACGAAACCAGGAGCCUCGAGGUGGACACGUAUAACGCUUCCACAUUCGAGGAUGGGAUGUCAGCCAGUCUCCCUGUCUGGAACGUUCCCGGACAGGCCACACACUCGUCGCAAGGCUCUGUCCUCGACGAACUUGGGGCUGACAUUGGACCGGGACCUGAUGAGAUCGCCGACAUCGCCCUUCGCGAGCGCGAUAGACAUGAUGAGCCUGAGGAAGUUCCCACGCCGACGAAAAGCCCUCACACCCCCGAUGAAGAGAUGGGCGAAGUAUCGAAAAGAAGACUAUCCAUAUGGAAAGGGAAGCAGAGAGCGGUACCGAACGAUCGAGAGGUAGCCGUUGUAGCGCAGUGA